GGGCUUGAUACCCUCCCCACUUCAUGACAAGGCCAAAGCUAAUGACUCCUUAGCCAGACACAUCUAGACCAAACUAUGCUCUGUACGUUAGAUGUGUCUGAGGCCUUAGAAGACUUAGAAGGUGAGUGGUCAAACAAGGACCCUCGUGAGUCUUGGGUGGCACUGAAGAAAGGUCCUAGAGGGGAACAUUUUGUGGUGGAAGUGGAUGUAGGAGGCCGCAAAUGUGGUGCCUUCAUAGACAUCGGAUCCACGCAGAAUUACAUAAGUCGCGACUGUUUGGAAAGGUUGCACCUACAGGACCGGGUACGACACCUUAGUAGACCAGUAGCAUCUACUUUGGCCAACAAGGAGCGCAUGAUAGUAACAGACUACAUCAAGGACGUAGUCUGUACCUUCUCCUAUGGAGGAGGCGAACUUAAUCAUAAGAUUUCGUUCUUGGUUAGCGACGACUUACCAUUCGACAUGUUGUUAGGCAUGUACUACCUCGAAGUUGCUAAGCCCCUGUUCGACUGGGAUAAGAAGGUGCUCAAGCAUAAGUUGCCCGAUGGCCGAACUGUCAGAUUGACUAAGUUCAAGGCCAGUAGUAUUAUAAAUACCUAUGGCUGCUUGUGUGCAUCAGCGUUCUACAAUUACUACAAGCAAAACSAAGAGGARGGUAUGUACCUAGUGUAUGUCUCUGAAAAAGGGGAGGCCGUUAAAACACCCCCAGAGAUAGAACGCGUCGUUGCUAAGUUCCCUGAUCUGUUCGAAGAGCCCACAGGAGUUGUUGAAAGGGAAGUUGUCCACGCUAUAGAAAUCAUUCCAGGGAGUAAAACCCCAAAGGGAAGGAUCUAUAGGAUGGUUCCCACCGAGUUAGAUGAACUUCGGCGACAGCUCAAGGAACUGACAGAAAAGGGAUGGAUUCGGCCUAGUACUUCCCCUUACGGAUCUCCCGUACUAUUUGUACCAAAGAAGGGGGGUACUUUGAGGAUGUGCAUUGACUAUAGAGGCCUCAAUGCCAUCACAGUGAAGAACGCAGAGCCUCUACCUCGCAUAGACGACCUAUUGGAUAGGGUGCAGGGAUGCAAGUACUAUGGCAAGCUAGACUUGAAAUCCGGCUAUCAUCAGAUCGCUAAAAGGUCUGAGGACCAACACAAGACAGCUUUCCAGACUCGUUAUGGUCUGUAUGAGUUUGUAGUGAUGCCUUUUGGUCUUUGUAAUGCGUCGGGUACAUUCCAGCACGCUAUGAAUCGGAUCUUCCAUGCCCAUUUAGAUAAGUUUGUCGUGGUAUACCUUGACGACAUUCUGAUCUUUGGCAAGUCUGCCGAGGAGCACGCACAACACGUUGAGACUGUACUUUCACUCCUGCAACAACACAAGUAUAAGGUCAACUUAAAGAAGUGUGAGUUUGGUCGCACUAAGAUACUAUACUUGGGUCAUGAAGUAUCCGCGGAGGGGAUUAGGCCGGAAGAUGCGAAGGUGGCUAGUAUUCGAGACUGGCCACGACCUCAGACAGUCACUGAGGUCAGAUCAUUCUUAGGAAUGUGCGGCUACUAUAGGAACUUCGUUAAGAACUAUUCUACAGUUGCCUCUCCUUUGACUGAUCUAACUCGACUUGACACGCCGUGGGACUGGAGUGAUGAGUGCGAGGGUGCUUUCAAGAGAUUGAAGCAUGCACUCAUGAAUCAUGAAGUCCUCAUGGUUCCCGAUCCUCAGAAGCCAUUCAUAGUGACCACUGACGCAAGCCAAUACGGCAUUGGCGCAUCGCUGGCUCUAAAGGAUGGGAAGAAGUUGAGACCGAUUGAGUACAUGAGCAAGAAGAUGCCAUCAAAGAAGUUGGUAAAGUCCACCUACGAAAGUGAACUCUAUGCUCUAUAUAAAGCACUUGUCCAUUGGAGACACUUCCUAUUGGGAAGGUUCUUCUACUUGAGGACUGAUCAUCAGACCCUCAAAUGGAUCAAGACUCAACCGACUCUUUCUAACGCACUCAAGCGAUGGAUUGAGGUCAUAGACCAAUAUGACUUCAAGCUUGAGUACCUGAAGGGAGAGUAUAACAAGGUUGCUGAUGCGCUAUCACGACAGAGUGUUUCCAUGGAUUUCAUGGACACCCUGGUGACUAGUAAGAGUGGCAAGAGGCACAUCUUCGUCAUCAUCGAUCGAUUCACCAAGUACGCUAGACUAGUGGCUAUGCCAGAGACCGCAAGAACUGACUAUGUCAUCAAGUUGUUCAAAGACAACUGGGUGCGUGACUUUGGUUUACCAAAGUCAAUCGUUAGUGACCGAGAUGUCCGAUUCACAAGUGAGCUGUGAAAGAAGACUGCAGAACAGAUGGGCAGUCAACUUCAGAUGACUUCAAGGAAUCAUCCCGAAGCCAACGGACAAGCCGAGCAAAUGAACAG